AUGAAGAAACUAGGUGAAGCCCUGGCAAAGCCAUGGGCUAGGCCAGGUGAUGCCACUAUGUUAUUGAGCUACAGCGCCAGAGAAGGCAGGCUACUAGGCGACGACACUAGGGAAUACGGGCUAUUGGGUGAUGGCACCUUGGACGCUGGUGACGCUAAUAGGGAGUCAAGUAGUGGCGAGCCACUAGGCGCUGGCACUAGAGGGCUACUAGAUGCUAGCGACGCUAGUGUUAGCGAUGCUGAUGAGCAGCUAGACGUCGUUGUGCUAGGUAGCAAGGGUAUAGUCCUAGACCUUGGGCUUUGCUCGGGUGGGAGAGG